AAUAGGCUAUUUCCAACAGUCGAUGUUGAUCACUGCUAUCCAUUCGCUUUUGGUUAUUGUAGAUUAUAUAAAUGGAAGAUCGUCAGAAUGGAAACACCAUGGCUUCAAAUGGAAAAACUUCUGUAGCAGCAAGUGCAUACACCAUCAAUCUUGAAAAUUUCAGCAAAAGGCUGAAAAGUUUUUAUUCUCACUGGAAGGAUCACAAAACUGAUCUAUGGGGCUCCACCGAUGUUAUAGCAGUUGCAACACCUCCAGCUUCUGAGGAUCUAAGGUACUUGAAAUCCUCAGCACUGAACAUUUGGUUGCUUGGUUAUGAAUUCCCGGAGACAAUUAUGGUUUUCAUGAAGAAGCAGAUCCAUUUCUUAUGUAGCCAGAAGAAGGCCUCUCUGCUUAAAGUAAGUAAAAAAUCAUCGAAAGAAGCUGUAGGAACAGAAGUUGUCAUUCAUGUCAAGGCAAGGGGUGAUGAUGGAACUGCAAUAAUGGAGGAGAUAUUCUGCGCUGUCCGUGCUCAGUCAAAAUCAGAUGGUCAUGAGUCCCCUGUUGUUGGACAUAUUGCAAAGGAGGCUCCCGAAGGGAAUCUGUUAGAGACAUGGGCUGAAAAACUAAAAAACUCCAGUUUCCAGCUCAGUGAUGUGACAAAUGGAUUCUCAGAGCUAUUUGCUGUCAAGGACAAUAAUGAGCUUACAUCUAUGAAGAAGGCAGCAUACUUAACUGCUUCUGCGAUGAAGAAUGUUAUUAUCCCAAAACUUGAGAAGGUCAUUGAUGAAGAGAAAAAUGUCACACAUUCUUCAUUGAUGGAUGACACUGAAAAGGCAAUCCUGGAUCCCGCAAGGGCUAAAGUGAAGCUCAAGGCAGAAAAUGUCGAUAUCUGUUACCCUCCAGUCUUUCAGAGUGGAGGAGAGUUUGAUCUUAGGCCAAGUGCUUCAAGUAAUGAUGAGAAUCUCUACUAUGACUCUACAAGUGUAAUCAUAUGCGCGAUUGGAUCUCGCUAUAAUAGUUACUGCUCUAAUCUUGCUAGGACUUUUCUGAUUGAUGCAAUUACUGUGCAAAGCAAGGCUUAUGAGGUUCUCCUUAGGGCUCAUGAAGCAGCAAUCAAUGCAUUAAAACCAGGAAGCAAGGUCAGUGCUGCCUACCAAGCAGCCCUAUCAGUUGUUGAGAAGGAUGCUCCAGAAUUAGUUGCAAAUCUGACAAAAUCUGCCGGUACGGGUAUUGGCCUUGAGUUUCGUGAAUCAGGGUUGAGUCUCAAUGCCAAGAAUGAUAGAGAAUUGAAAGCUGGAAUGGUUUUCAAUGUUUCGCUUGGAUUUCAGAAUUUGCAAGCACAGACAAAUAAUCCGAAGACACAGACAUUCUCACUGUUGCUUGCUGAUACAGUUCUCGUCAAUGAGAAGAAACCAGAAGUUUUGACUUCUGUCAGCUCUAAGGCUGUCAAAGAUGUGGCUUAUUCUUUCAAUGAAGAUGAGGAAGAGGAAGAACAACAACAACAAAAAUCCAAAGCUGAAGCCAAUGGCAUUGAGCCCCUUUUGUCGAAGGCAACACUAAGGUCUGAGAACAAUGAAAUGUCAAAAGAGGAGCAACGGAGGCAACACCAGGCAGAGCUUGCUCGCCAAAAGAAUGAGGAAACUGCAAGAAGGCUGGCUGGGGAUGGGAAUAUGACGGGGGAUGCUCAUGGUGCAGUGAGAGUUCUGGGUGAUCUUAUUGCAUAUAAGAAUGUAAAUGAUAUGCCUCCUUCCAGGGAAUUGAUGAUUCAGAUUGACCAGAAGAACGAAGCCAUUCUCUUGCCAAUUCAUGGAAGCAUGGUUCCUUUCCAUGUUGCCACUGUCAAAAGUGUGAACAGUCAACAAGACAGUAAUAGAUCUUGGUUUAUCCGUAUAAUUUUCAAUGUUCCAGGAACCCAAUUCAAUCCCCAUGAUUCAAACUCUCUGAAAUAUCAAGGAUCUAUCUAUUUGAAGGAGGUCUCAUUCCGCUCCAAGGACUCUAGACAUAUUAGUGAAAUGGUGCAGCAGAUCAAAUCCCUCCGGCGGCAGGUUGCGUCAAGGGAGUCAGCGAAAGCUGAGAGGGCCACUUUGGUCACUCAGGAGAAGCUGCAAUUAGCAGCGGGUAAAUUCAAGUCAAUAAGGUUGCCAGACCUGUGGAUCCGUCCUCCUUUUGGAGGUCGGGGAAGAAAGAUCCCUGGUACUUUAGAAGCCCAUUUAAAUGGGUUCCGGUAUUCUACAUCAAGACAGGAUGAGCGUGUUGACAUCAUGUAUGGUAACAUCAAGCAUGCAUUCUUCCAACCUUCUGAGAAAGAGAUGAUCACCUUACUGCACUUCCACCUGCACAACCAUAUUAUGGUAGGAAACAAGAAGACCAAGGAUGUCCAAUUCUAUGUUGAGGUAAUGGAUGUGGUCCAGACACUGGGCGGUGGGAGGAGAUCUGCCAAUGAUCCAGAUGAGAUUGAGGAGGAGCAGCGGGAAAGGGAAAGGAAGAACAGAUUCAACAUCGACUUCCAGAAUUUCGUCAACAAGGUGAAUGAUCUAUGGGGACAGCCCCAGUUCAGGGGGGUUGACCUUGAGUUUGACCAGCCUCUGAGAGAUCUUGGCUUCCAUGGAGUUCCUUACAAGUCAUCAGCUUUCAUUGUUCCAACCUCAAGCUGUGUGGUCGAGUUGAUAGAGACACCUUUCCUGGUAGUCACAUUGAGCGAGAUUGAGAUAGUUAACCUGGAGAGAGUUGAACUAGGACAGAAGAGCUUUGACAUGGCUAUAGUAUUCAAGGACUUCAAGAAAAGUGUCCUCCGGAUUGAUUCGAUUCCAUCUUCAUCACUUGAAGGCAUCAAAGAGUGGCUUGAUGCAGCAGACAUCAAGUACUAUGAGAGCAGGAUGAAUUUGAACUGGGCACCAAUAUUGAAGAGAAUCACUGAUGACCCACAAGGAUUCAUCGACGAGGGUGGGUGGGAGUUCCUUAACUUGGAAGCAUCAGACUCGGACUCGGAGAACACACAAGACUCUGACCAAGGUUAUGAGCCAUCGGAUGUGCAGUCUGACUCGGUUUCUGAAGAGGAGGAUGAUGACAGUGAGUCACUGGUGGAGUCGGAUGAGGUGGACGAUGACUCUGAGGAAGACUUAGAGGAGGAGGAAGAGGAGGGGAAGACGUGGGAGGAGUUGGAGAGGGAGGCAAGCAAUGCAGACAGGGAGAAAGGGAAUGAAUCCGAUAGUGAGGAGGAGAGGAAGAGAAGGAAGAUGAAGGCUUUUGGUAAGGGUAGGGUCCCUGAUAGAGGUGGCCCUUCCAAGAAGGUUAAGUUGAGGUAAAAUGGGGUGUUAUCUUAGUUAAAACUAAAUAGCAGUAGCAGCACUGAUGGUGGCCGGCGCCUGACAUAGUUUGGACUUAGCUUUGUAAAUCUGGAGGCAUUAAUUAAUUUAGGUGGUAGGGGUUGGCGUCCUUUCUUUAUUCUUUGCCUUUCUGCAUAUGCAUCUACUUUCAUGUUGGGCUGUCUAAAGUUUUUGUUGGACAGGAAAUGCAUGGCUUCUGUGAGGCAAUAGGAGUACUUAUGUAGUAAUUAAUGUGUAGACUUUGUUAACAGGACUAGUAAUUUAUCCAUUUUAUCU